UUCAGUGACUCGUGUCGCCUAUGCAAAUCAACCCACGUGUUUGACCAUGUCAGUGGCCAAUAGCGCAACAGUGCGCUGCGGAUUGACAGACAAGAAACGGUAAUAGAGUUUUAAUCCGAAAUGAAAGGAAGAAAAACUGCAUGUUUGUUUGUCCUGAAAUUUCUUCACAUUUGUCAACAAAACAUGAACGGAAAUCUGUUUUAGAUCAUACGUUGAACUCCAAGUCUACGUUGUGAUUGUUAUAUGGAUUAGUCUGUGUCGGUGAGUUCGUUUUUAUCGUGCGGAUAAACGGUUCUCUGUGCCUUUGAUUAUAACUGUUGCCAACAGUUGUUGCGCUCUCGAAGGGAUCCUCGAUCAUGUCCAUGGCGGAUGGAUCAACCAUGUCGGAGCAGGACAAUCAUUUGAUGGAGAAAGAGAUUUGUUCGGAUUCGGGAACUGCUGACUGUGUGGAAGAAGCUUUUGUCUUCGGAGAGGAUCUGGAGCUGAACCGAUUUGAUGGAUUGCCCUUCUCCUCUCGUUAUUAUAAACUACUGCAAGAGAGAAAGUCUCUACCUGUUUGGAAAGAUAGAGAGCGAUUUUUGGAUAUCCUGGUGAACAAUCGACUUGUUAUAGUAUCCGGUACAACUCAAACUGGGAAAAGUACACAGAUCCCCCAGUAGUGCGAGUUCUGCCUGUCGGCCCAGUACCAGCACGGCGUGGCAGUGUCGACCCAGAUCCACUCCCAGCAGGCGGUAGACCUGGCCCUCAGGGUGGCCGAUGAGAUGGACGUCAACAUUGGACAUGAAGUGGGCUACACCAUCCCUCUGGAGACGUGCUGUUCUACUGACACUGUGCUCAGGUUCUGUACAGACGCCCUGCUACUGAGGGAGAUGAUGUCUGACCCCAUGUUGGAGCGCUACGGGGCCAUUGUCAUCGACCAGGCUCACGAGAGAACCGUCAGCACAGACAUACUGCUGGGACUGCUCCAGGACAUCCUGGUCCAUAGACCAGACCUGAGGGUAGUGAUCCUGACUGUGUCCUCCAUGACAGACAGUCUCCUGGCCCACUACGGUAGUAACGUCCCUGUGGUCCGUCUGGAAGCCCUCUGUGCAGCUGAGGUGGUCUACAGUAACUGUAGUAGUAAAGACUACUUCUACUCUGCUCUGAGACUGGUACUGGAGAUUCACCGUACCAAGGAGAAGGGAGAUGUGCUGCUGUUCUUGGCCUCAGCUCAGGAGGUUGUCUGUGCCCGUGCUAUCCUCCAGAGAGAAGGUACCAGACUGGGGGCAGACCUGGGGGAGCUGGUGCCYGUGGUCUGGUGCCCUGGGCAGGGUCGGGCACCCUCUCUCCUGGGGGAGGGGAUGGGGAGUAGGGGAACAGUUACGACCAGGRGCCGGAGGGUUUUCCUCUCCACAAGCCAGGGAGAGGACAUGUUCUGGGCUGUGGACUCUGUUAACUUUGUCGUCGACGCAGGAGUCGAGAAAAGAUAUGUGUAUAAUCCCAGGAUAAGGGCCAACUCUGAGGUACUACGACCCAUCAGCAGAUGCCAGGCAGACGUCAGGAAGCAGCUGACUGGACCGACAGGGAAGUGUUUCUGCCUUUACCCUGAGAGAGUUCUCCCCGUAGAGACAUCCCCUCAGAUCCUGGACACCAACCUCACCUCUACCAUCCUCUUCCUCAAGAGGAUGGAGAUCGCAGGGCUGGGACACUGUGACUUCAUCACCAGACCAGAUCCAGAGGGUCUGAUGCAGUCGCUAGAGGAGCUGGAUUACCUCGCGGCAUUGGACGACGAUGGGAACCUAUCAGAGAUCGGGAUCAUAAUCUCUGAGUUGCCAUUGGACGCUCAGAUGGCCAAGGCUCUGCUGGCGUCCUGUGAGUUUGAUUGUGUGAACGAGGUGGUGACCAUCGCAGCUAUGCUAUCAGCGCCAAGCUGCUUCCUGGAGCCACCUGUUGGCAGGACCCAAGAGGUACACCAGUGCCACAGAACGUUCCGGCACCCUGAGGGAGACCACUUCACCCUCAUCAACAUCUACAACGCCUUCAAAUACAGCCAGAGAGAGACAU